AUGAUGCUGGUUGGGUACUUAGAACUUGCUGUUGAGGCUGUUGAGCGCAUAAUUCAUGUGAAUUGGAGGAUGCUCGAAGUUCCAGGGGCCAAAAUGGCAAUCCAUAGGGGAUACCAAUUCCCGGGGAGAGGCCUUGCUCGCAUAAAGCGUUCGUAUUUUGGGUUGGAAGUGUUGUUCCGUAUCGAAGGGAUCGAGCGAAAAUUUCGAGAAUGGGGCUUUGACAGUUUAAAGGCCGAUAUAAAGAGGGGAUCAUCUGAUGUCGGCGAGGCUGCUGGGCUGGACUAG